AUGGCGUCGGUCCCAAAUCCAAGAAAGCGACAGAAGAGCCAUCCACAUCCAUAUCUGAGUGGGAAUUUUGCUCCGAUCCAGCAAGUUCAACCUCUUACCCCUUGUCAGUUUUCGGGAACAAUACCAGAAGAGCUAUGGGGAGGUGAAUAUGUCCGAAAUGGAGGCAAUCCUGUGUCCAACGAGGAUCUUGGGAGAGACGCCCAUUGGUUUGAUGGCGACGGCAUGCUCAGUGGAGUAUCCUUCACCCGGACACAUGGUGGUGUGCAGCCAGAGUUUGUCAAUCAAUACAUUUUGACCGACGUCUACCUCUCUUCCAUUACUUCGAGGCACCUGCGAACCCCGAUUUUACCUAGUAUCGCCACUCUGGUGAACCCACUUGCGUCCUUUUUCAAGAUCUUCAUCGUCGUUUUUCGCACCAUAUUACUCGUCAUCCUAUCACGCCUCCCUGGAUCUCUCCAAGCACUGGAGAGGAUCAGCGUGGCGAAUACUGGGAUUCUUUUCCACGAUGGCAGGGCACUUGCUACUUGUGAGUCGGGCCCGCCAAUGCGCGUCUCACUUCCAGGGCUGGAAACUAUUGGCUGGUACAAUGGGAAAAGGGCAGAGGGAGAAUAUGGUGGAGAGCAUGGUUCUGGUUUUGGAGGCGACGGACUGACUGGGUUCAUGAAAGAAUGGACUACAGCCCAUCCACGUGUUGACUUGAGGUCAGGAGAGAUGAUUCUCUUCCACUCUACGUUUAUUCCCCCGUACAUCCAUUACUCGAUUAUUCCUGCCACACGCUCGCCCACUAGUCCGCCAACGCCUUUCGAGACACCGACAAGACUUCUGAAUGCCCCCAUACUCGGGAUUUCAUCGGCGAAAAUGAUGCACGACUUUGGUGUCUCCUCCAAUCAUACCGUCAUUAUGGAUCUGCCUCUCUCCUUGGACCCAUUAAACUUGAUGAAGAAUAGGCCCACAGUUUCUUACAAUCCUUCCGUCAAGUCCAGGUUUGGAGUUUUCCCCAGACAUCAGCCAGACCUUGUUCGUUGGUUUACGACCGAUCCUUGUUGUAUCUUUCACACAGCAAAUACGUGGGAUGAUCAAGCCAUGGACGGGUUAACCGGCCAACUGACAACACUGGCGGUCAACAUGUUGACUUGUCGGCUCACAUCCGCAUCGUUGGUAUUCUCUGCCGGGGAUAUAGCUGCUCCACAACCUACCAUCAUGGAGGCUGGCCGGGAAGAAGAACAAUGCCGACUCUACUAUUAUCAGUUCUCCCUCGCUGACGCCCACCGCAAUGAGAUCAAUUAUCAAUUCGGGCUGAGCGCUGUUCCGUUUGAAUUCCCCAGUACACGAGAAGACAAAGCGAUGGGAAAAUCCAAGUUUAUCUACGGUUGCUCAACAUCGGAAGGCUCAUUCGGUGCUGCACUCGGCCGGGCCGUGAAGAUCGAUUGCCUGGCCAAGAUUGACGCAGAGACUUUGAUCAAUCGGGGCAUGAAGGAUCCUAGUUUGUGUCCUGUAACGGGGUGUGUAGACACAAGGUCCGUACGUGAGGUGCUCGAGUCAAACAGCGACGACGACCCUAUCAUGAUUUUCCAAUUGCCUCCAGGCUGGUUUGCCCAGGAGCCACGCUUUGUUCCUCGCAAAGAUGCUCAACGGGAAGAUGAUGGUUGGUUGCUGACCUAUGUGUUCGAUGAAUCUCAGCUCGAUUCUUCUGGAGAAUGUCUACCCAAUGCGAAGAGUGAGCUGUGGAUCAUUGAUGCAAGGGACAUGAAAACUAUCGUCGGUAGAGUGGAAUUGACUCAGAGAGUGUCUUACGGCCUGCAUGGGGUAUUUUUCAGUGAGCACCAGGUCAUGUCCCAGCGGUCAGUGGAAACCAUUCGUGCUUUGAAACAUCCUGAGGAGCAAAUUACCCGCAGUUUAUGGGCAAGUGUAAGGGAUCGAGUUGAGCGUGUGGUGGGCUGA